AUGUUGACAGAUUUGUUAAAUUUCGGUCGUGAACACUUAGAGAAUGGAACAUUAUUCAGUAUGCUUGAAACAGUAGGCAUUAAUAAUGCGGAUGACUUUAUCAAUGGCUUUCGAAAUCAAACAAGUCAAGAAGCAGAACGAAUCCGUCAAUCUUCACAUUUUAUGUCCUUGGGAGAAUCAGUUUUCGGCUUGUUUUCUGGAAACAAAGAUGAAAAUGAUUCAUUAGCAAUGAUUCAAGCGGGAUAUAAUACUUAUAAGCUAUUUUCAGAUGGUCAACAAGAUGAGCAGAGUGGUAACGGUGGUUUUCUUGGUGAAAUUGGUUCAACAAUUAGCAAUGCUAAAAAGAUGUAUGACUUAUAUAAAUCAUUUGACAAAAAUGGGGAUGGAAAAAUUACAACUGAAGAUAUUCAAACGUAUUUUCAAGAAAUGGGUCUUGGUUUUGUAUCACCAUAUUUGACUAAAGGAUUAUUUCUAUUAGUGGAUAAAAAUCAAAAUGGUUGUCUUGAUUUUGUUGAUUUAAUGGGAUUAUGUGCGAUAGUAUAUAAAUUAUCUCAAACAUUCGGCGGUGGUGCUGGCAACUUUUUAUAA